AUGGUGAAAUUCACUUCUCACGACUCUCAGAGCAGCUCUGGAGAUGAAGUUCACGUGUUCAUGUCCUCAGAUAGUGAGACGGCAGACUUUUUCUUUUUCUCAGGAGAAACUCUGAGAAAGAGGUGUGAUGAGGUGUUGGCUUCACCCCUUCCCUACAGCGCCUUCACCAGCUCCUCCGUGUUGGAAGCUGAUUUUGGCGCUGGCUAUGCAAAACUCAACAGGAGAGUAGGCAAUGGAGGAUGGUCACCGUCAGACUCCGACAGGUACCAGUGGCUACAGGUGGACCUCAGGGCCAGGAAACAAAUCACUGCCAUAGCAACACAGGGUAGAUACAGCAGCUCUGAUUGGACAAAACACUACAGGCUUCUCUACAGUGACACGGGAAGUAACUGGAAGCCGUAUCGGCAGGACAGCAACAUAUGGACGUUUUCAGGUAACUGGAACUCAGAGCGGGCCGUGCGCCAUGAACUCCAGCACCCUUUCGUGGCCCGAUUCGUGCGUCUCGUCCCGCUGGACUGGAGUGAGGAGGGGAGAAUUGGGUUGAGAGUGGAGCUCUAUGGCUGCGCUUACUGGGCGGAUGUGAUCAGCUUUGAUGGCCAGGGAGUGAUUUCCUAUCGAUUUAGACAGAAAAAGAUGAAGAUCUUGAAGGACGCGAUCUCACUGAAGUUUAAGACUACUAAAGGAGACGGCAUUCUGCUGCACGGAGAGGGACAGCAGGGCGAUUAUAUCACUCUAGAGCUGCAGCGAGCCAAACUCCUGCUGCAGAUCAACCUGGGCAGUAAUCAGUACGGCUCCAUUCAGGGUCACACAUCGGUGUCUAGUGGCAGUCUGCUGGAUGACGACCACUGGCACUCUGUUCUGAUCAAACGCUACAGACGCAGUGUUAACGUCACGCUCGACCAGCACACGCAGAGCUUCCGCACCAACGGAGAGUUUGACCAUCUGGACCUGGACUACGAAAUUACAUUUGGAGGGAUGCCAGUGUCUGCCAAGCCCAGCUCAGGGGGCAGAGAGAACUACAUCGGCUGCAUGGAGGCCAUUCAUUACAACGGGGACAACAUCACUAACCUCGUGCGCAGGAGAAAAGUAGACACCUCCAGCUUCCAUAACCUGACAUUCUCCUGUACGGAAUCACGCACGUUCCCUGCCUUCUUUAACUCCACCAGCUCCUUGCAGCUUCUGGGUCAGACCGAUGAAGACACGGUGUCGGUCCGACUGCAGUUUCGGACAUGGAACCCCAGUGGUCUGCUGUUCUUUACCCCGCUCAUGCCUGGAGGGGUGGAGGUCAGUCUGGUGGAGGGAAAAGUUACUGUCCACAUCUACGUCACACUGGGCAAGAACACACGCGUGGACAUAUCCUCAGGUUCUGGUCUUAAUGAUGGACAGUGGCACAGUGUUCACUUCCUGGCACUGGAAAGCAUUGCCAUGUUGACCAUCAAUGGAGAUGAGAUGUCCACUGUGAGAGCUGCUCUCCCCAUUCAGAUCAGGACUGGAGGAGAUUACUUUUUCGGAGGAUACUUCCCGCGGACAGACCUUUCUCCAUCACAGCGCUCCUUUCAGGGCUGCAUGCAGCUCAUACAUGUCGAUGACCAGUUGGUCGACCUGCAGUCUGUGGAGCAAGGCAUGCUGGGUAGCUUUGAGAACGUCAGUCUGGAUAUGUGUGCCAUCAUAGACAGGUGUGUGCCAAACCACUGUGAACAUGGAGGAAAGUGCUUUCAAACUGGAGACACGUUUAAAUGUGCCUGUGAAGGCACUGGAUACUCUGGUGCCACCUGCCACAACUCUGUGUACGAGCAGUCCUGUGAGGAGUACAAACACUUGGGCCGAAGCUCGGACACAUACUGGAUCGAUCCGGACAGCAGCGGACCCCUCGAGCCAUUCAGAGUCACCUGCAAUAUGAUGGAAGACAAAGUGUGGACAACCAUUGUGAAUGACCUUCCAGCUCAAAGCUCUGUGUCAUCGGGUUCCAGACCUGAAGACAAGACUGUGCUCACACUCAAUUACAGCAUGUCUGCUGAACAGGUGAACGCCGUCACCAGCAGCGCUGACUUCUGCGAGCAGCAUGUGGCGUACAUGUGCUACAAAUCACGCUUGCUCAACUCACCAGACGGCUCUCCAUCCACAUGGUGGGUCGGCAGGGGAAAUGAGAAGCACUUCUACUGGGGCGGCUCAGGACCAGGUGUGCAGAAAUGUGCCUGUGGCAUAGAACGCAACUGCACAGAUCCAAGAUACUACUGCAACUGUGAUGCAGAUCUGAGGCAAUGGAAAGAAGAUGCUGGUAUGUUGAUGUAUAAGGACCAUCUGCCUGUCAGUCAGGUGGUGGUUGGUGACGUACACCGCUCUGGAUCUGAAACCAGACUCACUGUUGGGCCGCUGCGCUGUCAGGGAAAUCGUCACUUCUGGAACGCAGCGUCCUUCAACACACCUGCAUCUUAUCUUCAUUUUCCCACCUUCCAAGCCGAGACCAGCGCAGACGUCUCCUUCUAUUUUAAGACUUCAGCCUCACAUGGUGUCUUUCUGGAAAACCUGGGCAAUCCGGAUUAUAUUCGCUUAGAACUCAAAUCUGCUACAGUGGUGUCAUUCUCAUUUGAUGUGGGCAACGGGCCGGUGGAAUUAACCGUACGCGCAUCUGCACCCCUCAAUGAUGACCAGUGGCACAGGGUGGAGGCGGAGCGGAAUAUUAAAGAGGCCGUGUUGCGAUUGGACAAGGUGCAUAGGGAGGCGCGGUCAGCCCCGCCUCAGGGCCACACCCGCCUGCAGCUCUUCAGCCAGAUGUUUGUAGGUGCCUCAGGGGGGCAGAGAGGAUUUCUGGGUUGCAUUCGUUCCCUAAAAGUCAGUGGAGUGACACUUGACCUUGAAGGGAGGGCAAAGGUCACACCAGGGGUGAAGCCUGGAUGCUCGGGUCACUGCAGCAGCUAUGGGAUGCAUUGCCAGAAUGGAGGGAAAUGUAUAGAGAAAUACAACGGAUACUCGUGCGACUGCAGUCUGACCGCCUUCGACGGGCCUUUCUGCAAUGAUGAUGUCGGAGGGUAUUUUGAGAGUGGGACCUUGGUGCGGUACGACCUCAUGUCCGAGAGCAGCUCUUCUCCUGCAGUGAAGGAAGGCAGCUCUGGAGUCCUGAGCGCGGUGGAUAAUCUGACCCGUGAGGAGCUGAGCUUUAGUUUCAGUACGUCCCACACACCUGCAGUCCUCAUCUACAUUAGCUCCAAGACACCGGACUACCUGGCCAUGGUGCUGCGGCACAAUGGUACUCUACAGAUCCGCUAUAACCUGGGAGGUUUGAGGGAGCCGUUCACGAUCAGCUUGAAUCAUCGUAACAUGGCUAACGGUCAGCCUCACAACAUCAACAUCACCCGACAGGACAGACUCAUUCAGCUGCAGGUGGAUCAUUAUCCUACAGUGAGCUACACUCUUCCUGAAGCCUCGGACAUUGAGUUCAACCUCGUGAAGACCAUUUUCCUUGGAAAAGUUUUUGAAACAGGUCAGAUUGAUCCGGUGUUGAUAGAGCGAUAUAACACACCUGGAUUCGUGGGUUGUCUCUCCAGAGUACAGUUCAACCGCAUCGCCCCGCUGAAGGCCGCCCUGAGGACCGGCAUGCCCUCCACAGCCUCCAUACAGGGGGUCCUGGUGGAGUCCAACUGUGGGGCAUCUCCACUCACAGUACCACCAAUGUCUGCGGUCUUUGACCCCUGGCACCCAGAUCCAGGCAUCAUCGCAGUGGUGAUUUUCAGCAUCCUCUGCACGCUGGUGUUCCUGGUGCGUCACAUGUUCCAUCACAAGGGCUCCUACCACACCAACGAGGCCAAAGGGGCGGAGUCUGCCGACUGCGCUGAUGCAGCCAUCAUCGUGAAUGACCCCGCCUUCACAGAGACCAUCGACGAGAGCAAGAAGGAGUGGUUCAUUUAGCCACACCCCCUGGGAGGGGCUUCGUCCUCUGAUAUGGAUACCCUGAGGAACACACAAAGGUCAUUCUGAGCUCUUCGAGCAGUCAAUGUGAAACGGACUAUUGGCAAUUCCAUUCGGACCAGAGUCUGUGCACUGACUGGCAUGUCUGUUCUGUAAUUAUUUUGUAUGUAAGUGAAUACAGCAAAAGGACUUCUGUGAGAUCGAAUUCAUCCCAUGCACACAUGACAGGCAUAUUCCAUAUGGGACGACGGUAAAACAAAAACAACUGAUGCAUUCUUAUCAUUGCAAUACUGCUGGUCUGUGAACAAGUGUGUGUUCGGCAAAUAUGAAUGCACCAAAUACUCCAAUAGCACAAAACGGAAUGUGUACAGAAUGACGCAUAAUUAUGUUUCUGAUAAGGACAUUUGAUUGUAUUUAAACAUUUUGUUGUCAGCAUCUUCAGGACAAUAAUAUAUUGUAGCAUGGUAAUCAGCCAAUGGCAUUCUGAAUCAUUCAUCAAUGUUAAUGCAGCACUUUUGUAUCUCAUGGUAAAUGUUCUUUAUAGUUAUCAGAUGUCAGUGUUAUUUAUCUGUUUCUCCAUAAGUGCUUGUUCAAACUCUAUGGAAAACACGGCAGAGGGUUUUUAUAAGGAGAUGCUCUUAAAAACAUGAAAGCUCUAGAUAGAGAGUUUAGUUCAGAUGUGUUCAGUAGUAAAUGAUCUUGAAUGGUCCAUUUGCUCCAGUGUCUUUUAAUGUGCCUCAAAGGUUCAAGGUUUCUUCUGGCCAAGCAUGGAUUUUGGGAUAGAUUCGAUGACCCUUAAUUAUGAAUAUAGGAGAAAGAUGAUUUUUUUCGUGUGUUUGCCGUUUUAAUGCACUGCUACAACUACAAACCAUUUUUAAUAUUCUCUUCAUUGUGCUUGGUUAAGUCACUUUUAUUUCUUAAAGGGACAGUUCACUCAAAAAUGAAAGUUCUGUCAGCAAU